CCAGGCCCCGCCCCCGCCCACGAGGAAGUGGCUGCGGGCGGCGCGGGGCCCAGAGCCGGGUCGGCGCGUCGACUGCCCAGAGUCCGCGGCCGGGGCACCCCGAGGAACCACGUGACCAUGGCCUACCACAGCUUCCUGGUGGAGCCCAUCAGCUGCCAUGCCUGGAACAAGGACCGGAGCCAGAUCGCCAUCUGCCCCAACAACCACGAGGUGCACAUCUACGAGAAGAGCGGGGCCAAGUGGACCAAGGUGCACGAACUCAAGGAGCACAAUGGGCAGGUGACAGGCAUUGACUGGGCCCCUGAGAGCAACCGCAUUGUGACCUGUGGCACCGACCGCAAUGCCUACGUGUGGACACUCAAGGGCCGCGUGUGGAAACCCACGCUCGUCAUCCUGCGCAUCAACCGCGCUGCGCGCUGCGUGCGCUGGGCCCCCCAGGAGAACAAGUUUGCUGUGGGCAGCGGCUCCCGGGUCAUCUCCAUCUGCUAUUUCGAGCAGGAGAAUGAUUGGUGGGUGUGCAAGCACAUCAAGAAGCCCAUCCGCUCCACCGUGCUCAGCCUGGACUGGCACCCCAACAACGUGCUCCUGGCCGCUGGCUCCUGCGACUUCAAGUGCCGGAUCUUCUCGGCCUACAUCAAGGAGGUGGAGGAGCGGCCAGCGCCCACCCCCUGGGGCUCCAAGAUGCCUUUCGGGGAGCUGAUGUUCGAGUCCAGCAGCAGCUGCGGCUGGGUGCACGGCGUGUGCUUCUCGGCCAGCGGUGGCCGUGUGGCCUGGGUCAGCCACGACAGCACCGUAUGCCUGGCUGAUGCUGAGAAGAAGAUGGCCGUCGCCACCCUGGCCUCAGAGACGCUGCCACUGCUGGCCGUCACUUUCAUCACGGAGAACAGUUUGGUGGCAGCGGGCCACGACUGUUUCCCGGUGUUGUUCACCUAUGACAGCACCUCCGGGGUGCUGAGCUUCGGGGGGCGACUGGAUGUGCCCAAACAAAGCUCACAGCGCGGCUUGACGGCCCGGGAGCGCUUCCAGAACCUGGACAAGAAGGCGAGCUCGGAGGGCGGCGCAGGAAGCAGCUCAGGCCUUGACUCCCUGCACAAGAACAGCGUUAGUCAGAUCUCGGUGCUUAGUGGGGGCAAGGCCAAAUGCUCCCAGUUCUGCACCACGGGCAUGGACGGUGGCAUGAGCAUCUGGGAUGUGAAGAGCCUGGAAUCUGCCUUGAAGGACCUGAAGAUCAAAUAAGUGUGACCCUGUGAGCCCCGCAGCCGGGGCCCUGGGCUGAGGCUGCUUUGCUGAGGUCCCCAAACUAGGAUUUGGGGCUGUGGGCAGGAGGGGGAGGGCGGGAAGCUUUGCUGCCCUAGCCAAGGAAUGUGCCUUUUACCCGGGAAACGCUUUACCUACCACAAACUGUUCCCAAGCGCGUGCUGGUCACCAACCGCUUCAAAUACGGAGACAAUAAACGUAUGCUC